AACGAUUUCCAAAGAUAAUCUCUACAUUGACAACCAACCAGGUGUGUGCAAUAGAUACCCUUAUGAUGACUCUCCCACCUGCAACCACUUCUUCAAGGACCAUAAACCUGAAACUAAAUGAAAUCUUGAACAAAGCCACCAGAUCUCCAACUGGAUCAACCAGUGAUGUCAACAAGCUAGACCAGAAUACGGUCGUCCAAUACUCAAACCUUCUCAGAGCUAACAUCUUGGGAAAGGAUAAACAAGAGAAAGUUAACUCCAUUGUCGUAUUGGCCAAGUUGUUAGGUUGCAUCGAUGUGAAACUGGUGCAAGAUUUGUCCCAGUUGACUUCGAUAUUAAACCAUGACUUGUUUCACGUUUUGUUUUCAAUCAUCACUCCUAACAUGUCGUUGGAAACAUUCAAGGCCAUUUUGAAGAUUUGUAAUGCUAUGAGCUCAAUCUUUACCACCAAGGAACUGUACCAAAUCGUUAUUGAUACCGUGGUUAAACAUUUGGAUAUUAUCAACAUCAUGGUAGACAAAUUACAUCACGACUUUAAAAUUAUGGUUAAUUCACUCAGGUUCUUUAAUGACUUGUUACUGAAAUCACUUCAAUACCACUAUGAUUCCAUUCUUGUUAUUUUCGAACGGUUAAGAUCACAAUCGUUUUUCGGCAGUAUUGAAAAUUUAAACAUGAAUGAUAAAUCUUUGACGUUUUUGAUUGAACAAUUGAAAUCUACUUAUAUCAGGACAUUACAAUGGUUGAAUACAAUGCAAUACGAUUUGACGAGUGUCCAUCACAAUACCAUUCUUCAAGAAACACUUAAACAGUUGACUGGUUCUUUGAAUGAGUUUGGUAAUGACGCCACUCCAGAAGAGUUCAAAAUAGCUGGAUUUGGUGACAACCCUAAGCAAUUUAUAAUUGAAAAUUGCUCAAUCUUAUUAUCAAUCGAUAUCAUUGUGUUUUUAAAAGAUUCAAACGUUACCUUCAAGAAACGAUUUCAUGAACAUCUAAUGAUGUAUCAACACAAGUUAACAUUCCCAAUAUACCAAUUUAUAAAGUUAUCCACUAAUCUUUGGAUCGAUAUUUAUGAUCAAGACGAAUACCCCAAUAUUGUAUCAAGUUGUCUCAACUAUGAUGAAUUUAUUUAUUACACCAUGUUGAAUUGUUUAAGACUUUGGCAACAAACAAAAGCUGAUAGCGAACAUGUAGAUAAGAUUUUCCUUUUAAUAACAUCAUCAAUAUAUACUAUUGAAGAUGAUUUAGGCAGUGGUGCUAAAUCAAUUGAAGAAAUUCUUGAUUGGUAUAUGUCACAAGAUGUUCGCUUGAAACAAGUUGAACAGAUUAUUAAUACUCAUGAAAUAGCUUGGAAUCCUGAAUUGCAAGAAUUCGAUAAAAUAUUGGCUCAACAACUGCUUGAUUUUAUUAUUGACCAAAGAGUGGUUCAAUUAUUAAAGGGAAGUUGGGUUUAUACUGAGUCAUAUGGUGAAUCGUUACUUAAAUCUAAACCAAGCUCGAGCAAUGGUGGUAUUGGUAUUGGUAAUAACUCCCAUGCUGCCAUUGCCAACAAAGAUUCCGCCAGAUAUUACUUUAUCACCCUUUCUCCUAAUAGACAGGUUAUUUAUUUCAAACCAUAUCUCAAUAAACCGCCGGUAAAUCCAACUAUCGCUGAAAUGGAACAGAACAAUCAGUACAUUAAACUUACGGAAAUCAUCAGUUUAAAAUCGCAGAAGUUGGGGGAAUUUAUUGGUGAAGAAGAUAAGCUUAAAUCAUCCAGAUUGAUUAGUAUCCGAGGAACAAUUUCGUAUGAACAAAUUACAUUGAUGGGCAAUACAAAACCAUUGAUUUCAUUUUACACCGAUUCAAAUGUUAAUAUGUAUGUUUGGUUAGAUGGGAUUAAAAUGUUGAAAGGUAUAACCAAUCCUGACCAAUUUUCCGACGAGACUGCAAAACAAUUGGAAAACUUGAUUGAAGUUAGAAGAACAAUUCAAUUGUUGGAAUUGAACAAUAUUGAGCCAGGAGUUAUCGAUGAAGACGAAGAUGUGUACAAUUUGAAUGAGUUGGAUAACGUGACUACUGGGUUUCAUUUUAUGAAUAUUGUCUAGUCGGUGUAUUGUUUGCUUGUAAUAUAGUAUGAAUAUUUUGUAUUAUUCAUAGGUUUGGUUUAGAAUAUAUAAAUUUGGAAAUAGUACCAUAUUUGUAGUCAGUGUAUAUUAUGGUAACUUUAUAACAAUUCCAACAAAUCUCUAGACAAGUCAGAGCUACCAUUUGAAAUGUCACAUACCACAAAUACUUGUGUGUAUAUUAUCAGUAGACAUGUGACAUUCUAGUGACUGGAAGUUGGUUACUGAAGGUUUGUUUGAUUAUUGGGAGCAUUUCGCAAAAAUACUACCGAAAAUAAUUCACGUUCUGUGUUUGCUGGGUACA